AUGACACCGAAGGAGAUGCAAGAAUUGAAUGCACAGUUACAAGACUUGUUAGACAAGGGCUACAUCUAUCCUAGUACUUCACCAUGGGGAGCCCCUGUGUUAUUUGUUAAGAAGAAAGAUGGUAGCUUGCGACUGUGCAUCGACUAUAGGGAGUUGAAUCAAGUUACAGUGAAGAACAAGUAUCCCCUCCCUCAAAUCGAUGAUCUGUUCGACCAACUUAAAGGAGCGGGUGAGUUUUCAAAGAUCGACUUGAGGUCAGGAUAUCACCAAUUGAAGGUAGACGACAAGGAUAUUCCAAAGACGAAUUUCCGAACUCGUUAUGGCUAUUAUGAGUUCACAGUAAUGCCCUUCAAACUAACCAAUGCCCCCGCGGUAUUCAUGGACAUCAUGAAUCGCGUGUUUCGCCCUUAUCUAGAUGACUUUGUGAUUGUGUUCAUUGACAAUAUCCUGGUCUAUUCUCAGGACAAUGUGGAGCAUGAGAAACACCUCCGGACUGUUUUACAAAUGCUAAGGGAAAAAUAG